CGCGCGGCCUUUUCAGCGGAGUCCGUCGCCCAGGCAGCAAGUCGAGCUCGCGCCUCCCAUAAAAUCCCACGAUCACCAUCCGGCAAAAUGAUCAUCUACAAGGACGCCAUCAGCGGGGAUGAAAUGUUUUCGGACAUCUACAAAAUCAAGGAGUCGGCGAACGGCAUGAUGAUUGAAGUCGAGGGAAAGAUGAUCAGCAGGUGUGAGGGGGAAAUUGACGAAUCGCUUAUUGGCGGCAAUGCGUCCACUGAGGUCCCGGACGACCUUUGCGAGUCCACGACUACCACCGGCAUUGAUAUCGUCUUGAACCACAAACUGCAGGAAACCAGCUACGACAAGAAGUCCUACACAGUUUAUGUCAAGGACUAUGUGAAGGCGGUGAAGGCCAAACUGCAGGAAAUAGCUCCUGACCGGGUAGACCAGUUUGUGGCUAAUGCUCCAGCUGAGGUCAAGAAAAUCCUAGGCAACAUCAAGAAUUAUCAGUUUUUUGUAGGCGAGUCCAUGAACCCAGAAGGCUCAGUCGGCCUGCUGGACUUCCGCGAGGAUGGAAUAACACCCUUCAUGCUCUUCUUCAAGGAUGGUCUUGAGAUCGAGAAAUGCUAACCUUCCCCCGCGUGUCCGAGUGCCUCCCCCUAACGGCAGCCGUCUACCCGAUGGCCCUGAGGCCUUAGGGAUCGGAUCACUCAUUCCCUCCGACUCCAUCAGAUGCAGAACCAGAAGCUCGUUUUUUUUAACUACCUUCCCAUCAGAGGCUACUGCUUUGAUUUCUUCAAGUGUUUAUCCAUCCAGAAGAGUCAAGGUCCCUUCCCAAAUCAACUUGGUGGAGGAAGGACAGUAUUUUGGUGAGCUGAACUCGAGAUUGUGUUCAACAGACACAGCUCACUUCGAGUGUUUUUGGUUUUUUUCCCCCCUGCCCUUUUUUAUUUAAAAAAUGGUCACAGUGGCAAAGUUGACUGGCUGGAUAUUGGGUUGCUGUGUGCAUGUCAGCUCUGAUAAAUUGUACAGUUAUUCUCCCCCAUAACCCUUCUCGAAUCACAGGAUUGUAUAGGAUUUCUUGGCACUAUUUGUGAAAAUUAUAAAUAAAGUCAAGCUGCUGGCUAAA